GCUAAGGUGUUUGUGACAAAGCAGAAGGGGCGCAAGCAGGUGCCCAUGGACACAGAGACAGGCCUCCCCUGGAAUUGCUGCUCCUUCCUCCUCCCUCGAGAGUCUUUCAUCCUUUGGGUCCAGGUCUCUGCUAUGCUCCCCACCAACGUGCCUCAAUUCCACCUGGGCCCCUCAGUGCUGCUGCUACUGCUGCAGCUGGUGCCUCCGACGUCUACCUUCUUUCCCAAAAUCUGGAGCCUCCGGGCUGCCGCUGCCUCCAUCACCCACCAGGACCUGACCAAGGAGGUGGCUCUCAAUGUCUCUCUGCAGCUCUUCCUGGAGCAGCUGUCCCCAGGCUGGCCCCCACUUCAUCUUGAGGACUUCCUGGGCCACACCCUCCUCACCAAUGACCUCUUUGUCUCCUACUUUGGACCUGGGUCUCCUUCCCAGCAAUUCCAAGCAGCCUUAGGUGAGGUGUCUCCUGCCAGUGCAGCCCAGGAUUUCCUGCUGACUUUCAGGAAUGACCUUGACCUGAACUUCAAGGCGCUGGGUCAGGAGCAGACACGCCUGGUUGGGGCUCUGCAGGAGACCCUGGUGGCGGCUAGAGCUCUUGACCACACCCCAGCCUUCCAUGCCUAGGCAGCCCUCCAUGCCUUGCAGGACUUCUGUAGUCACAGCAGCUGGGUGGAACUCGGGCAGCAGCUGUCACAUCCUCACCUCCUCUGGCCAAGGCAAGAGCUGGUAAGCCUGGCACAAGUGGGAGAUCUUACCUGCUCUGAUUGUAAGGAACUGAGCUGCCCUGGGAUUUUGCUGGGUUUUACACUCCUCGCCUCUGGCUACUUUGGAACUCAUCCCUCCAAACUUUCAGGAAAAUGUAGCCAUCAGGGCUGUUUUGACCAGAGCAGUUCCCAGCUACCACAGAGAGGCAUCAACAAGGACAGCACAGCCCCAGGCUUCUCCCCGCACCACAUGCUCUACCUCCAGACUGCAAAACUGGCCCUUCUGGCCUCCAUCCAGGCCUUUAGCUUCCUGUGAAGAUGCCUGGGACACAGGACUUUCUCCAGACCCUUCACUGUGGCUUUCUCCGGGCUGCUGGACAUCACCCCAGCCUCCCGACUCAGUUUCGUCCUGGACGCCACAGGCAGUAUGGGCAAGAUCAAUGCUGACAAAGUCCAGGCUCACCGCGGUGUAGAACAGUGACAGGGCAGCCCCAUGGAAUCCGUCUACUAUGUCCUGGUGCCAUUCCAUGACCCAGGGUCUGGCCCUGUCUUUACAGCAAGUGACCCUGAUAGCUUCUGGCAACAACUCAAUGAGAUCCAUGCCUUGGGGGGUAGAGAUGAGCAUGAGAUGAGCCUGUCAGCCCUGGAGUUGGCCCUGCUACACACACUUCCGCUCUCAGACAUCUUUGUCUUCACUGAUGCCUCCCCCUGCUCCCCCACGGAUGCCUUCCUCACCAACCAGGUGGAAUCCUUGACUCAGGAGCAACACUGCAGAGCAAUACUCCUGGUGACCGAAGACCCAUUAAGGGGUCAUGGCUGAGCUUGUUGUGAGGUCUUGUCCCCUCUGUUUUGGAACCAUGUGACGUGGUGGCCCUGGCCUCCACAUUUGGUGAUCUUCACCAAAGAUCAGCGCGUUCGAGAUGUGGCAGCUAUUGUUGGGGACAGCAUGGCUGACUUGGUGACCCUCCUCCAGGAACCUCCAGUUGUGGUACUUGGGAGGCCAUUUUUGUUCUGUGUGGAUGGACUGCUCUGGAGGGUCACAGUCUGGACCCAUGGGGAGGUCAGCAGCUUCUGGAUCAGGAACGCUGCAGGUACUUCCGCAUGUGUGUCUCAAGGCAGAGGGAAGACAGGAGAAAAUCUAGGCCACACCUGCUGCUCUGGGCAGUUCUGGAUGGUGACCAUGAAUGACCCACAGACAAGGACCUGGGAGAUCCAGGUCACAGCCAAGGGCGACCCCCAGGUGAGAGUACAAGCUCAGACCUCCCUGGACUUCGGGAUCCCAAUGGAGAAUGGCCCCCACACUAGCCUCUACCCCCUGACUCAGCCAGUUGCAGGUCUCCAGACCCAGCUGUUGGUAGAAGUGACAAGGUUGGACUCCAGAGGUCACCCUGGUCAUCCUCUGCUUCACAUCUCCCACAUCAUCCUCCGAUGGGGACUUCAUAUCGCCAGUUUCUCCAGCCCUCAGGAUCUCGAUCUUGGGACAUGUGUCAGCUCCACCUUUGCUCUCACCUCCAACCUCUCCACGGAUUGCCGGGAACAGAAUGAGUGCGCUUGAAGGGCACCUGGGCUGGAGGUCCCAGUGUCAGCCGCCCCGGACUCCAUGGUGGUGGUGACCAUGACUGCGGUGUGUCAAGAAGCUAGCCCAGUGCCUUGUGCCUUCCUCCAGCUUCUGGUGCUUGUCCAGGCCCCACAGAUGAGGACCAGCUCGCUGCCCCUGCCCACUGGUGUUCUCACUACGGCCAACCCUACCCUUUGUCCCUCCCUUUCCGUGAGGGGCGGCAGGGCUGGAGGAAGGCUGGCAGGCAACCCCUGCUGGGGCACAGUUGGAGGGGUGCUGUUCCUCCUAGGCUUGGUCUCCUGGUGA